GACCCAGUGCUGCUACGUGGGCGCAUCAAAGAGCCGUGGCCCGUUCCACUAACAGCAGCCGCUGACAUAUCUGAACUGCCCGCUGACACCCAGCUACUCAAAAUCCAUGCGCUUCCGGAUAAAGGGGGUGUUGCCUUUAAUGAAGUAGUUUGGGGUGUGCCCUGGAGCCUGGAGGAAUUCCUCAGUAAGGCGCUGGAAUCUGGACAUCCACGCACGCUAGAGGCGGCCAUCCCCCAGGUGCUCAAGGAAGCAAUCUUGCAACACAAGUCGUGGACCCAGGAGAAGAUUGCAAAGGCCAGAGCUGUGUUCUUCGCCAAAUGGCUGAAAGUGGCGCAGGAUCUGCAAGCCGAGGAGUUCAAACUCAAGGCGCCGGCCACGGGCAUCUUCAAUACCAAAUUCCGACCUGCAAAGCGCACGGUGGAGGACUUAGACGUAGAUGCUGAAGUUUUGCGCCAGACGCAGGCUGAGGUAGACAAAGGUAUGAUCACGUUUGCUGUGAGGCACUUGCCGGGCAAGCAACACAAGGGAAGAGCAUACGAUUUGGUGUCAGCCUACCGGCAGCUAGCUGUGAGCGAUGCCUCCCGAUGGGCGGCCUACGUCGCUCUGUGGAAACAUCAGACAAGCGAUGUGUCCGUGUAUGCUUUGCAUGCCCUGCCCUUCGGAGCUUCGCGUUCAGUCUUCUCUUUUCUGAGAGUCAUCCACUCAGUUUGGCACUUGGGGGCUUUCUUCCUCUGGCUAAUUUGGUCAUGCUAUUACGAUGACCUGAUUUCAAUAUCAGAUGCAGACCACACGGAUUUCACUCACCGAACCCGCAGGGUGACGAUCUGUAACACAGAAAGACGGAUCCGGCAACUCCUUGAGUCCAUACGGGGCUUCUUAGCCAGUGGCACCAUGACCGUGCCGGAGGCUCUCAAACUCAGAGGGCAAUUGCAGUUCGCUUGCGGACAAGUGCUGGGCCGCCAAUUCCGAAUCUUCCUUAACACUUUGACGGAUUAUGCUUAUGGCGAUCAUCCCCCCGUGCUACCCCCCAUGUGCAUUACAGCCUUGGAAAAUUUUACUUGGAUGCUGGAGAAUGCCGGCCCACGCGCUGUCAGUGUUGACGGCCAAAAGCCAAUGUACAUCUUCACCGAUGCUUGCUACAACCCACAUGACGACUGGGUAUGUGCUGCUGCAGCCACCGUUGGAGACGACGAGACGACAGGAUUACUGCACGCAGCAGAGGCAGCCGGCAUCGGCUCGGACACCAGCUCCGACGAAGAAGCAGCCACCAGAAGAUGGUACAGAUCGGUGGAACAAUCAAGUAGUGACUGCGAGCGCUCAUGCGCGGAAGCCAACUGGGAUCCAUACUUGGAAUCCUGCGAGGAGACAGCCAAUCCUACAGGUGUGCCUUCUGGGGGGGCAAAGCAGUCAGCUGGAUCAGAUGGCUCCUCCCAGAAGCGGAGGAAACAGGGGAACACGGAACUCAGCGACUUGGAUUUAUUGGACAUCACCUUCAUGCAGCCGGAUCAGCUGGCAGGGGCUCUGGCCAAUCAAGGUGACCAUGUUAUGGCGAUCAAGGUCCAAGGACUGUGGCUCUGGAAGAUACAAUUUGCAACAAUGCCUACAGAGGAGAGGCCAAAACUGGAGGCGGAUCUCUACGAAGAGCUGCAGGGACGCAGCAUGGCUGAAUGCGUCAAAUUUUUUAGGCGCGUUUUGCAGGAGUUUGAGAAGGAGCUCUUCCAUGCAUUUAUUCUGGAAAUUUUACAGAAGCG